AUGACUGUUUAUGAUCGGCGCUGUGGGUCACUCCUGAAAUCCGCAGCGAGAGCGGGAGACAAUGAUGGGCAUCGACGAUACAUGCCCAGCGCAGUAACGAGUACGAAGUAUGCAUGCGAGAUGAACACCCCGUAUCAAGCUAUUUUCAUUAGAGAACAUAUUGUAGCCCUGGAGCAUGAUUGGGGUAUCAUGUACCGCAAUCUCCUUAAAAAGCGACCGCCUGCAGGCACCUCGGAAACAACCCACGAAUCGCCCGGAAAGACAAGACCCGACCUCCAGCGCGCACCGCCAAUGGCCAACAAAAGCACAGCGUGA